AUGCCCGUGCGGAAGCAAGACGCCCACCGGGCAUUAGAACUCUUGGAGGAUUAUCACAGUCGCCUCACUAAACCACAAGACAAAGCUCUAAAAAAUGCUAUAGAGCGCGUCAUAAGGAUUUUUAAAAGUCGUUUAUUCCAAGCAUUGUUAGAUAUUCAGGAGUUUUAUGAAGUAACUCUGUUGGAUGACUCUAAGACAACUCAACAAAAAACUCUGGAAACAUUACAGAUUGCCAGCAAAUGGGAACGUGAACCUCCAAUUACAAAUAGCCAGCCAAAAUUCAAAAAUAAUGUCAAAUUGUGUGCUCUCUCGGCCUCCCUCCCUCUCUCUCUCGCCCUUCUCCCUUCCCCCCUCUCCCUUCCCCCCUCUCUCCUUCCCCCCUCCCUUCCCCCUCUCUCCCUUCCCCCCUCUCUCCCCUUCCCCUCUCUCCCUUCCCCCUCUCCCCUUCCCCCUUUUCCCUCUCCCCUUCCCCUCUCCCUUCCCCUCUCCCCCCAUUUUCAUUCAAAGAAUUAA